AUGUCCCCACACAAGCUGCUGGUCGCUAACCGGGGCGAGAUUGCAGUGCGCAUCCUGCGCACGGCAAAGCGCCUUGGGAUCCCGACUAUCGCCAUAUACACUCGCUCGGACGCUACUGCCCCACACGUAUUGCUUGCCGACGAGGCCGUUGCUCUACGUCCGGAAGAUGAUGACCCCGUCUCGAAUUCGCGUGGCUAUCUGGAUGCAGAGACGAUCGUCGACGUAUGCAAGGACCGCAAAGUUACACUGGUACACCCGGGGUACGGCUUUCUCGCCGAGAAUGCACACUUUGCGAGUCUGCUUGUGGAAGCUGGGAUUACUUGGCUUGGCCCUCGUGUAGAGACUAUACUAGCUAUGGGACUGAAACACCAAGCCCGUGUGCUGGCUGUGGAGGUGAAUGUCCCACUUGUUCCAGGGUCUGAGGGGCUGCUCGACAAUGUGGAAGAUGCCGUGAAAGUUGCUGUUGAGAUUGGCUUCCCUAUUAUGCUCAAGUCGACCGCUGGCGGUGGCGGAAUGGGUCUCGUCGUUUGUCAGAACUCAGAGGAGUUGCGCGCAAAAUUCUCCGCGACGCAAGAACGCGCCAGGACUUUAUUCAAGAAUGACGGUCUAUUCCUAGAGCGUUAUUAUCCUGCCGCUCGCCAUGUGGAAGUCCAAGUCUUUGGAAACGGUUUGGGACAUGCCAUACAUAUGGGCGAACGCGAGUGCAGUGUGCAACGCAGGCACCAGAAAGUUAUUGAAGAAACCCCCAGUCCAUUCAUGACACGGCAUCCUGUGGUACUGGAAACAAUGUGUGUGGCCGCUGUGCGUCUUUGCGAGCAUAUCACGUAUGCUUCUGCGGGGACUGUCGAGUUUUUGGUCGAGGAUGUGACCGGCGCAUUCUUCUUCCUGGAAAUGAAUACGCGGCUCCAGGUCGAGCAUCCUGUUACGGAAGCUGUAAAUCCUGGACUUGACAUCGUUGAGCUGAUGAUACAACAAGGCAUCGCGGAAAGAGAGGCGAAGGAGGGAGGUCUGUCUGCAGACCAGCUGGACCAGGAAAUGUACCAGAUUGCUUUACACAAGAGGCCUUUGCAUGCUAUAGAGGCUCGCGUAUAUUGCGAAAAUGCGGCCGCGCAGUUCAAGCCCUGUCCUGGUACCCUGCAACAGGUUGAUGUACUGAAAGCUGACUGGUUGCGCGUUGAAACAUGGGUAGAGACGGGGACGAACGUCACACCUUAUUUUGACCCACUUGUUUGCAAAUUGAUCGUCACUGCGCCAACUCGUCAAGAAGCAGUAGCACGGCUAUUUCAGGCGCUAUCACAAAGUAAAAUUUACGGCCCUCCGAACAACACGGCAUACCUUCGCGCCAUCUGCGAGUCGGAGAUUUUCCAAAGUGGCAAUGCUACUACGACCUUCCUUGAUACUUUCAAGUUCAUACCGAGAGGAUUUGAUGUCCUCAGCGGAGGUUUGGACACUACAGUGCAAGAUUAUCCUGGCCGACAACUAGGCCUUGGUAUCCCCCGUAGUGGGCCGAUGGACUCUCUCGCCUUCCGUAUCGCGAAUAUCCUUGUCGGGAACAAGCCAGGUACAGAAGCAUUGGAGGUCACGCUCAUAGGCUGCCGGCUAUUCUUCCAUACUCCUACCGUUAUUGCGAUCACAGGUGCAUCUGUUCAGGUCACAGUCAAUGGACAGGACGUGGACAUGUGGAAAAGUGUCGUGGUGCCUGCUAGAGGCAAAUUGGCUAUGACUACGGCCAAAGAGCCUGGUUUCAGAGCAUAUCUCGCUGUGAGAGGUGGUUUCCCUGAGAUUCCGCCGUACCUUGGGUCGAAAGCGACUUCCAUGGGCCUUGGUGGGUACCAGGGGCGUUCCUUGACCUCCGGAGACCACAUUGCUCUGGGUGACUGCUAUCCUGCACAGGAAGAGCGGCCCCUUCCCCUCCCACCAUACUUAGUUCCUGCAUAUCCCACGAACUGGACGAUCUACUGCCUUGCUGGUCCACACAGUGACGAGGAGUUCGUGACACGAGCAGGGAUCGAAGAAUUCUUUUCCACGCACUGGAAAGUGAGCAUCUCGAGCAACCGCAUGGGGAUCCGCCUCGAAGGCCCGCAGAUAACGUGGGCGCGCAAGAAUGGCGGGGAAGGCGGGUCACACCCGUCGAACAUCCACGAUAACGGUUACGCGUUGGGUACGAUCAACCUGAAUGGCGAUACACCGGUCAUCUUGACGAACGAGGGCCCUGACAUGGGUGGUUAUGUUUGUAUAUGCACCGUUGCGACAGCUGAGUUGUGGAAGCUGGGACAGCUGCGUCCGGGCUGUACAGUACGUUUCAAACGCAUUACUUUUGCUCAAGCCCUGCAGCUGCAUCGGCGUCGCGAGGAGUACCUCGGCAACCUAUCUCAUAUUUGUAGUACAUCCGAAUCCUUCUCGGUGUCGGUGGCCAAUGAUUUCCUGCAAGAUAACCUAGAAGACGUUGAACAAGACUCCAAGCUACAUGUCAUCUCGCCCGUGGCAGGAAGCCCUCGUCCACAGGUUGUGUUUCGCCAGGCGGGAGACUCAGCUAUCUUGGUCGAGUAUGGCGAACUACUAUUAGAUUUCGGUCUCCGCGCUCGAAUUCAUGCGUUUGAGUCCGAGCUCGGGAAACGAGACGUUCCGGGCAUGUGGUCGCUCGCCCCUUGCAUUCGGUCAACCAUGAUUCACUAUGACCCUCUUGUCAUCUCACAAUCCGACCUUUUGACAACUCUGUUGGAAGUAGAAGCAUCCCUUCCGGACACUCUCCACCAUACUACCUUCCCCGGUCGUAGGAUUACGUUCCCGAUCGUGUUGGAUGACCGAUGGAGCAGAGACGCUUUGGAGCGAUACAUGCAUUCUAUCCGCAGCGAGGCUGUAUACCUACCCAGCAACAUUGAGUAUUUGGCUAAGAACAAUGGACUCGAAGGUGGAGUAGCAGAGGCUCUCAAGCUACUCGUAUCUUCCGAUUGGCUUGUUCUCGGUGUCGGGUUCUAUCUAGCAUGUCCCUUCCUCGUCCCUAUCGAUCCACGAUGCAGACUGGUGGGGCAAAAGAUGAACCCUUCGCGGACGUACACUCCGCGCGGUGCUGUCGGCAUCGCGGGUCUGGUAGCUGCCAUAUAUCCAAUAGAAUCACCCGGAGGAUAUCAACUCUACGCGCGUACACUGCCGCCUUGGCAAACGUGGGGGAAGGGAAGAAAUUUCAAACCUGAGCAGCCUUGGCUUCUGCAGCCAUUCGAUCAGGUUACGUAUGAGAUUGUGACAGAAGAAGAGUAUCUUGAAAUUGAGGCUCGGUUCGAUGCCGGUAGAUACGAAUUCAAGAUUGAGCCAACUGUUUUCUCAAUGUCAGAGUAUAACGCCUUCGUCGAGCGCAUUGCAAAAGAGACGAGGCGAUUUAAGGACUACCAAGCGAAGGGAGUCGAAACGGAGGAGGCCCUCGAGAAAGAACUACUGGCAAAAUGGGAUAGCCAGAGAGCGCAGGCAGCAGAGAGGCUUCAGAAAAUGGUAGAUCAUUCUGAUGGUGAUCCCACCGGCGAUGCCGUUGUAUCUCCUCUAUCUGCAUCCAUCUGGAAAAUCAAGUGCAGCCCAGGUGAUUUGGUUAAAUCUGGGGAGGAUGUAUUGAUCGUCCUCGAAGCGAUGAAGACGGAGAUCAACGUGAAAGCUGGGGAGGAGAACGUCGGCCGCUUGGUGAAGGGUUUUGGGAGAGGCGUGAAAGAAGGUGCAGCUGUCAGCGCGGGAGACAUUCUCAUCACUUUGGCAUAA